AUGGAGCACGAGCACGAAUCCAAGGACAUGGAACACGGCAAAACGGCCGACACCAUCAUCGAGCCCCCUCGAGAAGAUGAAGACCUUAAUCUCAAAGACCUCGCCCGCGAGCAGAAGAACAUUGGCACCCUCACCCGCCGCCUGAAAUCGCGGCACGUCCAAUUCCUCGCUCUCUCCGGCGCAAUUGGAACCGGCCUUUUCGUCGGCUCCGGCCAGGCCCUCAGCCUCGGCGGCCCUCUCUCCUGUUUUCUCGCAUACCUCAUCACCGGCUUCAACCUAUACGCCGUGAUCAACUCGCUCGGCGAAAUGGCAACCUACCUACCCCUUCCGGGCGCUGUGCCCGUCUUCGCCGCACGCUUUGUCGACCCAGCCCUCGGAUUCACCUUGGGCUGGAAUUAUUGGUACCAAUUCGCAAUAGGCGUGCCGAUUGAAAUCUCAGCCGCGGCCGUGGUCAUCGGGUACUGGCCCAAUCAUGUAUCCAAUGCUGCCUGGAUCACCAUCCUCUUCGUCCCGAUGGUUCUGAUCAACUGCUUUCCCGUCCGAAUCUACGGCGAGGCGGAAUUCGUGUUUGGGGCGAUCAAGCUCACGACCAUCGUCGGGCUGAUAUUGCUCAUGUUCAUCAUCACGUUGGGCGGGACGCCGAGUGGCGAUCGCAUAGGUUUUCGAUAUUGGGAUGACCCGGGCCCGAUGCUGACGUACCUUGAACCCGGGGCGCUGGGGCGGUUUCUGGCGUUCUGGAAAGUCUUCAUCCAGGCUACGUUUAGCUAUGGCGGGAGCGAAAUGGUCGUGGUUGCCGCAGGCGAGACCGAGAAUCCGCGCAGGAAUGUACCCAAGGCGGUCCGGCGUGUGUUUUGGCGCAUUGCGAUAUUUUACGUCCUGGCUAUUUUUUUGGUCAGUUUAUGCGUCUCAGCGAAGGAUCCACGGCUGUUGAAUGCAAUCAGCAGUUCGGCGCCCGGUGCCGCAGCAUCCCCGUUCGUCAUCGCGAUUGUCAACGGCGGGAUCUCCGCGUUGCCGUCAAUCAUCAAUGCCGUGAUUCUGUCGUCGGCCUGGUCGGCGGGAAACUCGUUCUUUUAUGCGUCAACGCGCAUUCUCUACGCUACGGCCCUCGACGGUCGCGCGCCCUCUUUUUUGACGUUCGAACGUUUCGGGAUCCCCUACGCCUGCGUGGCCGCCACAACCCUGCUUUCGCUGCUGGUGUACCUCAACGUCAACUCCCGCUCCGCUGACGUUUUCUUCUGGAUCUCGAAUCUCUCGGCGGUAUCGACGCUCAUCGUCUGGGCGAGCGUCUGCAUUACGUACCUGCGCUUCUACUAUGGGCUUAAGCACAAUCGGAUCUCUCGGUCGAGUCUGCCCUUCAAAUCGCCCUUGCAGCCGUUUCUCGCGUACUUUGCGGUCGCCUUCUCCACCGUCGUCGCAGUAUUUAAUGGUUUCGACGCUUUUUUCCCGGGACGAUUCAGUGCGAAGAGCUUCAUUCCGCCGUAUAUAGAUGUUCCGAUUUUCGCGUCGUUGUUUUUGGGGUAUAAAUUUCUGAAAAGGACGAGGUUGGUUCGAUUGAAAGAGAUGGAUUUGUGGAGCGGCAAGGCGGAAAUUGAUCGAUUGGAAGGGACGUGGCCGGAGGUCAAGCCGAGGAAUUUCCUCGAGAGAAUUUGGUUCUGGAUCGCUUAA